UAGAAUGACAACUUGCAUGAGCUUCGAGCGCUAAGCACUUGAUCAUAGCUUAGCUUGAUUAUUAAAUCUUGAUUGCACGAGACUAGUGUCACAUCCCGUCAUUCAUGCGCUUCCACUUACUUCCUACUAUUCGUACUUGAGCCGAUCUGCACUUAGUGUCAAUUACCGUGCUGCAAGAUACAAAGGCAAUAAAUGUUUAGGGCCACAUACACUUAUGGCCCAACCAUCUUCGGAAACCUCUUCGUCUUACAUCCAGUGCGCCUCCCACCCCUCCGCAACAUGUCCCACAAGCCCAUCCGAACCUUGCUUAACGCCAACGAGGAGUGGGCACAGAGCGUAAUAAAGGACACACCCGAUUUUUUUGCUCGGUCAGCCAUUGGCCAGAAGCCCAAGAUCCUUUGGAUUGGCUGCUCUGACUCGCGAGUACCGGAAUCAAUCAUCACAGCAUCUAAGCCUGGCGAUAUCUUCGUGCACAGAAACGUUGCCAACCAAUUCCACCUCCAUGACGACAGCGCGCUCUCAGUUCUCACAUUUGCUAUCAAAGAAAUCGGCGUUGAACACGUCGUUCUCGUCGGUCACACCAACUGCGGAGGUGCCAUGGCUUGCGUAGAAGCAGCCAAAGACCCAGCCGCUAACCCUGGCCCGUCCACCCCACUCACGCGCUGGCUGAGCCCUCUCACUGCACUCGUUCGAUCCCUCGACCUUUCCGCGUGCUCUGCGAGUGAGGCGCUGAACAAGGUCGUCGAAGCCAAUAUCAUCAAGCAGGUCGACAAUAUCUGCAAGUCGGAGCCUAUUACCACUGCGUGGGCAGACCCGGAUGCGAAGAAAGUUACUGUGUAUGGAUGGAUGUACGACCUCGCUGAGGGACGUAUCAAGGAGCUCGUUGUUCGGGACGCAUCAAGGAGAUCGUCGUUUGGGACGCUCAAGCGUAACAAGGCCAGAUUAUGAAUUAUUCGUCUUUGAUACCAGCACAAUCCCCAAGGUUGUGCGCCAAAUUCAUGGUUUUCGAUGCAUUCUUUGCUAGAUUUUCUGAAAAAUAGCUCUACGUGUCGAAGGUGUUUCUGGGAUUAUGCAGGUCUCUUCCGGGUCCUCCCACACUGCAGGCAAGUAAUAUUUAAAACCAUUUUGUUUUCUGAAUCGCGGAGCGCUCAGCGCUCAAUGAUGCUAAAGUAUCGUGAUCCAAUUAAGAUUACAUGCGAUGGCCAAAACUUGCUUAGAGCAGUGCCAGUGUGGCACUAAGAUUGGAUCUGGAUGUGGCAGUGGAAAUGAUGGCCGCGCUCAACUUGGGUAUUGCAUUGGACAGAUCGGCACCGAGGCGAUCCCCGAAAGUCUCACUGCUAAGGCAAGUCCAACGUUACGUAGUCCGACGCUCAAAAUUGGUGGGCAGAAGCUGACACCAAUAU